AUGCAGGGUGCAGUCGAAGCCGAAACGACCCAGUUCCCACCCCCGACCCCCGCCGUUUCCACCCCCGCCUUUGGUCGAGUGCACUGGCAUUUUGCGAGACGAAAGCGGAGCGCCGCCGGCGGCAAGAACCGAGUGCGUGAAGAGAAUGGUGGGGGGACAGCCGGUUUGAGGGGCCGGGGGGACAAUCUGCACUGUCGCACUUUACCCUUUGCGAAAGUUCUGAUUGCCCCCGAGGCGCUGGGCAAUCAAAAUAUUUGUUUGUCUGAUGCACAGUGCGGCCGGCGAACGCACGGUGCGAAUUUGGGCCGCACAGUGCAAUUUUGCGCCCGCUCAAUGCAAUUUCGAGUCAAUCGCACCGUGCGAAAACUCAUCGCACUGUGCAAAAACUCUUUGCACUGUGCAAACACCAAAAAUCAUGCCCACUGCAGCGACAAAAAAAUUUCUCUCCGACUGCACGAUGCGACGAACAAACACCGGCCCCCACUGCACAGUGCAAUCCCACGGCUCAACCCGCGACACCCCAACCGACUCCUUCGGGCGACAAAUCAAAUGACAAAUGCGAAAACAGCCCUCCUUCGACCGCAAUGAAAAUUUGUCGCCGGGUCCGGGGGCAGCGACAAACUCAAAGUGCGACGGAGUGUGUGCAGGGUGCGUGAAAAGAGCGAGAAAACAAAAAACACUUUGCCCCUUCCCACUUUCCCCCCGCUUUUUUUCGUCGUUCCACCGCUGCAUUUCGGCCGUGAAUGCACCGUGCGACUUUUCCGACGAAAAGGGCGAGAGAGACACAUCGCACCGUGCAUCAUCACGCACUGUCAGGUGACGAGUGAAGGGAGAAAGACGAGGGGAAGUGAGUGCACCGUGCACACAAAGAAAGGUGAUGUCGCGAAACGGAAACGGAAUGCCAUCAGGGAAUGCGCCGAAAGCAGCGCGGGAAUUGAAGAGCGACAAGAGUGGAGAGUGCGGAAUGCAAGUGAAUGGGAAGCUGAGAAAGAGCACAGUGCAAUCGAACGAAUCGCCGCACUGUGCAGACAGCAGCGAUCAUUGAUCAGCGUUGCGAUGGGAAACAGCAGUGUCCCCGCUUCGUGA